UGUCUGUGUGUUUUAAUUUCCUUUCUUUGCAAAAUAGUGUGUAAAUUAUCAUACUGGCCAUGUAUUGGUUAAUAACAAUAUAUGGCUUAAUUGCUUAUCGGUUUCAGCCAGACUGUCAAUGUAAGUUCAGUUCAUAAAGCACAGGCCUCAUGAGCGCUCCAGUUUUCCAGUGUUUCCAGUCUUGCACGCUGGUGUAAUCUGAGACUCCUCUGUAACACCUCCCUCUUUCCUUCUCCAGCAGCGAGUUUUGGGUUCUUGACAGCAAUCUGCUCCCUUCACAAUGAGAUCCUUUCUGCCUACACAAAUCUUGAAGUGUUACACAGUCAGAUAUCAGAUAGAAGCUGCCGUGCAUAACUUCAUGUGAGACUGGAAGUCAAUGCAUGACAAAUCAGACCUUCCUGCACUGGAAAGUUGAGGUGAUUUCUGAAACGUUUGCAGUUAUAUGCACCAAUAUUAGUUUCCCUGAUGGCCUUUGGCUCACCUUAAGCUUUUCAAAGCUGUCGGUUAAACGAAAAUGGAUUCAAGCAAGAGACCGACAUCUUUUGUUUUAAUUUGAUUCUCGUUAUUUAUUUCUUUUCUUACUGUCUAACUUAGUUGCAUUUUAAAUUAGAACCCCAUUAUUUAUUUAUUUGUUGGACUUUGAGCCUGAAUCUCAUUUUGACCUGCAUCAUGAAAUCAGUUUGUUACUAUUUAGUUCUCAGAAAGAAGAAAAACCUCUUUCCAUGUCCUGAUGAGGAUAUUCAUAUGAAAGAAGUUGUGUUUGGGGUCCGAUUAGGAGUGUGAAUCAAUGCGUGCUCUCAGCGGGGGAUUUCUGCGAUCUAAAAGCGUUGUACCCUGAAGGCCUCGGUUAACCCUAUAACACUAGGGUUGUAAUGUGACCAAAUAACUCUUAAUGCUUGCAAAGCCAAAAAUAGUUUUUGCUGUCCUCAGCUCUUUAAUGGGAGACGGUGUACAGUGAAGGUCACAUCGUUCCCUUUUCGAGGGAAGUCGGUUUUGCAGUGAGAUAACGUUAGUUUUUUCCCAGACCUCCCUGAUGUUUUAACUAUACUCCUUUAUGUGGCUAUUUUAUCAGGAGUUUUUAUUAGAAUAGGGAGCUUUUUCUGCAGGGAAAAAAAACCACUGAUCGAGUUCCCAAGGCCAGAGAAGGAUGAGUCUAAAGAAGGACAGAUCUCGCGUCGAGACACACACGGACGUCGUCCCUCGACGGAAGGCAGACUCCAGAGUCUUAUCGUAGACUUAAAAGAGCAGACAUUAACGUUCACUAACUUCACCGCUACAGCUGUUUAUUUACAACAAACGUCACUGCGAUCUGAAGGUGUACGGAUUCAGAAUGAAUUUCCACGCCAGAAGAGUCACGCUGCCUGCUAUCACGCCUCUCUGCCUGCCGAAAAGGGUAAUAAAAGUGUACAGUGAAGACAACACCAGUCGUGCAGUGGAGGUGCCCAGUGACAUCACCGCCCGGGACAUAUGCCAGCUGUUCAUCCUGAAGAACCACUGCAUUGAUGACCACAGCUGGACCCUGUUUGAGCAGAUCCCACAUCUUAGUAUCGAGCGAACCAUAGAAGACCAUGAGUCGGUUAUGGAGGUUCAGUCCGGCUGGGGAAUGGACUCACACUGCUGUCUGUACUUCAGGAAGAAUUAUGCCAAAUACGAGUUCUUCAAGAAGCCUCUUGACUUUUUCCCAGAGCACAUGGUGUCUAUAUCCAGUGAAACCAAUGGAAUCAUGAACCAUUCACAGCUUAUACAGACCUUUCUCAGCUCCAGCUCUUGUCCUGAGAUUCACGGUUUCCUUCACGCCAAAGAGCACGGCAGGAAGUCCUGGAAGAAGUUCUACUUUGUGUUGAGAAGAUCGGGACUCUACUUCUCCAACAAGGGCACAUCGAAGGAACCCAGACACUUGCAGUUCAUUGCAGAGUUCAGUGACAGUGACGUCUACACGUUAUUAUCUGGCAAAAAAGUUUACGGCGCCCCGACAGACUACGGCUUCUGUGUGAAGGCCAGCAAGUUGAAUUCUGCACGUGAUCUGAAACUGCUCUGUGCGGAUGAUGAACAAACCAGGACGUGUUGGGUUACAGCCAUGCGCCUCUUCAAGUACGGCAUGCAGCUUUACCAGAACUUCAUCCAGCCCCAUCAGAAGCAGAAGAGUUCUCCAAUGAGGAGCAUCUCGGAGAACUCACUGGUGGCCAUGGACUUCUCAGGACACAAGAGUCGGGUGAUCGAGAACCCGUCCGAGGCGCUGUCGGUGGCUGUGGAGGAGGGUCUGUCGUGGAGGAGGAAAAGCUGCCACAGGCUGAGCUCUCAUGGGAGUCCGUCCACCUCUCAGAGCUCCAUGUCCAGCAUAGCUAUCCAUGUGGCUCAGCCGUGGUUUCACAGCAAACUGUCCCGGGACGAGGCUCAGAAACUAAUCACUCAGCAGGGCCUCAUCGAUGGGGUGUUUCUGGUAAGGGACAGUCAAAGUAACCCGAGGACGUUUGUUCUGUCGCUGUGCCAUACACAGAAAAUCAAACACUUUCAGAUUUUACCGGUUGAAGAGAACGGCGAGCUCUUCUACAGUCUGGACGACGGACACACGCGCUUCACUGACCUGCUGCAACUAGUGGAGUUUUACCAGCUGAACAGAGGCGUCCUGCCCUGCAAGCUCAAACAUCACUGUGCCCGCAUCACCCUCUGAACCGCAGCUUGUGCCUUGGACAGGAAAGUCUGAACUCUGAGACUGUGAUGAGGACGAGAUCACUAAACAGACUGGACUUCUGAGGACCCUGAUAUUCAGCGAGGGAUGACCUGUGGUCUGUGGUGCACAAAUGUAUGUGGGAAUGUAUAACGUACUCUGUCCUGAUACAAACACUCUCAGUGUGGAUGAGACCACAUUAUUAAGCUAUCAAUCAAAACUAAGGUUUAACGGCAGACCAGCUGGGUCUCUGUAUGGUGUGAGCAAACUGAAGCCGGGUGCGCAUGCUACGAUUUUUCAUUUUGCCAUCUAAGACUAAUCUUGGGUAAAAGACGACUUCCAGCUCAAAUCUGGGUACAUUUUUUUUUCUUUUUCAGCAAAUGUUUUAAUCAUAUUAAUAAUUAUUAUUAUUGUUAUUAGUAGUAUUGUUAUUAUUAUGACAUUUUUAUUUUUAUGUAAAAUUAUAUAACUUCCUUUCUGCAUGAAUAGGGUACAAAAUACUGUACAACCUUGAUUUUUUUUUCUCAGUUUAUGAUACUACUACUAAUAAUUAUUAUUAUUAUUUUUUUUUCAUUAUUUUUAAUUAUUAAUAUUUAAUUAGUAAAUAAAAAAUAUUUCACUUUUUUUUUUGCCAUUUAAGACAAAUCCUGGGUAAAAAAAAAAACAAAUUUUAGCAUAAAUAGAGUACAAAAUACAGUAUAAUGCUAUUUUUUAAACAAACCUUUUAAAAUAAUAAUAAUAAUUAUUAUUAUUGUUAUUAUUUUGACUUUUUUAAUGUGAAAAUUGUUAUUCUUUAUUAACUAAAAUUACUGAAAUUAUUUUUGCAGUCUAUGACUAAUCUAACCAGUUUAAUAAUAAUAAUAAUAAUAAUAAUAAUAAUAAUAUUUUCAUUUAACAUUUUUUAAUUAAUUAAACAUAUUUCAAUAGGUUUUUUUUUUCCAUCUAAGACAAAUCUUGGGUAAAAUAUUCCUUUCAGCAGGAAUAGGAUACAAAAUAUAACUCUACUAUUUAUAAUCAUUAUUAUUAUUAUUAUUAUUGUGGCUUUUAAUAUAAUACAUAUUUAACUGAUAUUAAAUAAAAAUAAUACAAUUAUUGUUUAAUUAAACUAAUUAAACAGAGAAAAUGUAUUUGUAUGAGUAACUGCAACAAACUGGAACCAAAUUUUAGUUAUUGAUGAAUAAAAAGUUGGUUCCCCAAAUUUCUAUAAAAAUAAAACUAUGUGUUAUCAUCUGUUUGGCAACAUUAUAACUAUUGUUAUCAGUUAAACAAAGCAUCCAGUCAAGACUCAAGUUUAAGCUCAGAUAUAUAAGAUGUUCAAUCUGACCUGAUGUUUAUUGCACAGUCCGACAGGAAAAAGUCAUACCCCGUGCACUCGGCUUAAAAUGGUAUGGUAUAGCCAUAAUCUGAACACUUAAUAAGCUCAAACUCUUGCUGUUUUCCAGGGGUUCCUUUUUAUUCUUUUAAUCAUGCGUCAGAAAAAUUCAGGUAUUUUAUAAAUGACGUGUUUGUUUGCGAGAAAUGUCCUGUUUGCUGAAGAGAAUCUGUGUCCGUGCAUGCCGUAAAUGACGACACGUCACCGAUGCACAUAACAUGAACACUUGACAUUAUCCUCUGCUGUAUCAGGCCACGGAAUGUUUCACUUCCUCCCAAUGAUGGCCAAUGACGGUUUACACUCUAGAGCUGCAUGCAUGGGUGAGAGAAAUCACAUCAACACAAAUGACGGAUCAAACGAUUGUUGUACAUUUGAAAUUGAUUUUUCAGGUAAUUCAGGUAAACGGCGUCACGCACCUGGAUUGCAAUAUUUGUAACAGUGAAAUGAUCAAAAGUGACAAACCUGAUGACACAGAUCCUCAUGUAAAAACUAAUAACCAAUUGAAUAGCCGAUGUAACUGUACAAUAACCAAGCUAUAGACUCUAUAGAAUAAAUGACUCGAUAAGACGAACAAAUAAACUGUCUAAAUGACCGUCAUGGGCUGCGAUUUCUGUUGUAGAAAUGAACAAUCGGUGUGUUUUUUUCUGCGUCCUCUCUGAUCUUUUCUGUGUAUGUUUCUUGUAGAAUGACUUGUAAAAUUAACACGAUAUUCUAAAUUGUUUUACAGCUGUGUAUUAAUAGAAAAAAAAUAAAAUAAAAAAUGGAAAAGCAUUUAAAAAAAGUUUCUGAUGGCCAAGGUCAUAAUUGCACUGUAGUUGGAACACUGGUAACUUGACUUCUGAUCCAGUAUAUGAUAAGAUUUAUUUUUCUCUGACUGUUAGUUUUAUUACUGUUGUUAUUAUUAUUUUCAUAUUUAGCUUUGUUAUUGCUUGUCAUAUUCAUCUGUCUUUUUUUACAGCUGUGUGAAUGCUGGAGUGUACAGUAUGUCUAUAUUCUCAAUUCAUGCUUUUUGUACAGUGCAAUUUCACAAAACGUUUUAUUUUUAUUUUUAUGAUAAUUAAGUACAUUUUCCCCAAUAAUUCUCAUUACUGUAAUGCAAACAAAUUACAAUUAUUAAAAGGUUAAUUUUUUUUGUUGUUUUUUCAGUUUGAAGAUGAAAUUUGGCCUUUGCAUGUUAUGUUUCUGGUUGAAUAAAACAUAAUUUCAAUUAUACUAGCAGUCAUAUUUCCAGCAUAAAGUAUAUCAAUCAGAUCAUGUCUGUCUGCUCUUCAAUAACUGUGUCUGUUCAUUCACAGUAGAUUGACUUUUCAAUGUUGCUUCUUUGUUUUUGUUUUUUUCAGUGUAGCACUGAACUGUUGUUGUUUUUCAUAAUAAUUAUGAAACACAUUUUUGUACUUUUAUUUCCUGUAUGUUUCAUGACACCGACAGCAAAUAAACUUGAAAAACCUUGUUCCAUCC